GGCCAUCACUCAGUCCCCGAACACCAUGACUGAGGACAUUUAUACCAAUGGCUCAGCAACUCUGGGCAGCCCCUCCCACAGCAAUGGCCGUGAGGUGCGGAAGAUACGCCUUGUCCAGUUCGAGAAGGUCACAGAGGAGCCCAUGGGAAUCACACUGAAGCUCAACGACAAGCAGAGCUGCAUGGUGGCCAGGAUCUUCCACGGGGGCAUGAUUCACAGACAAGGCUCCCUUCAUGUGGGUGAUGAAAUCAUAGAAAUCAAUGGGCAGAGUGUGAGCAACCACUCAGUUGACCAGCUGCAGAAGAUGCUGAAAGAAACCAAGGGGAUGGUCUCAAUAAAAGUAAUUCCCAACCAACAAAGCCGCCUCCCUGCUCUCCAGAUGUUCAUGAGGGCACAGUUUGACUACGACCCCAAAAAAGACAACCUGAUCCCCUGCAAGGAAGCAGGGCUGAAGUUUCAGACCGGCGACGUGAUUCAAAUCAUAAACAAGGACGACAGCAACUGGUGGCAGGGCCGGGUGGAGGGCUCCUGCACUGAGUCCGCGGGACUCAUCCCUUCUCCGGAGCUGCAGGAGUGGCGUGUGGCGAGCGUCACCCAGUCCAGUCAGAGCGAAUCCCCGAGCUGUAGCCCCUUUGGGAAGAAGAAGAAGUGCAAAGAUAAAUACCUGGCCAAGCACAGCUCAAUUUUUGAUCAGCUGGAUGUGGUUUCAUAUGAGGAGGUGGUGAGGCUGCCUGCCUUCAAGAGGAAGACUCUGGUGCUCAUCGGGGCCAGCGGCGUGGGCCGUAGCCACAUCAAGAAUGCUCUGCUCAGCAACAACCCGGAGAAGUUCAUGUACCCACCCCCAUACACCACACGCCCCCAGAAGAAGAAUGAGGUGGAUGGGAAGGACUACUACUUUGUCUCCACCGAGGAAAUGACCCGGGACAUCUCAGCCAAUGAGUUCCUGGAGUUUGGAAGCUACCAGGGAAACAUGUUUGGCACCAAGUUUGAAACAGUGCACAAGAUCCACCAGCAGGACAAAGUCGCUAUUUUGGACAUUGAGCCCCAGACCCUGAAGAUCGUCCGCACGGCCGAGCUCUCCCCGUUCAUAGUCUUCAUUGCCCCAACAGACAAGGCAGAGCAGUCAGAGGCUUUGCAGCAGCUCCGGAAGGAUUCAGAGAGUAUCCGGAGCCGAUAUGCACACUACUUUGACCUCUCACUGGUCAACAACGGGGUGGAAGAAAGCCUCCAGCUGCUGCAGGAGGCCUUUGAGCAGGCCUGCAGCUCUCCACAGUGGGUGCCUGUCUCCUGGGUCUACUGAGGGGGCAUCUGAGCCCAGCUGCUUCCCAUCAACCAUCCUGCAGCCAUGGGGAGAAACCUACUCCUCAGCUUCCCCUGAUCCACACACAGCCCAGCACAACUCCCUUCCUCUGCUGCUCCACGGACAUGGUCUCAAUUGGUUGACACACACACACACGCAGGGUCUCUGGAUGUCCUCUCCCAGGGGAACACAGGACAGGGGCUGCCCAGGGGACAGCUGCCUCCCGGGGCACUGCAAUGCAGUGAGAAGUUAGUGGCUACAGCAGAGCCCAGGACAUUCUGUUAGUUCAGAGCACAACUCCCCGCCUCACAGGGCAAGGAAAAGCACAGUCCUGCUGUAGCACCUGGCCGAUCUUCUCAGCAUCAGUCCCAAGGGAAGUGGUAGAGCAGGGGCUUUCCAGGCAGAUGUCCCCUGCCAUCGCAGGAGUGCACACUGCGCCACAAACACCUGAAAAGCCUGGCUGGUGUCUGCGAGGC